UGGAGAGGGCGGUCUCGGGGAAGUGAACCGUGCGGCAAGCGUGCUUUCAGCCCCACCUGCAAAAGCGCCUGCGCCUGCGCCUUUCUCCCAGCAGGGCAGACGCGGACUCGGAGGGUGACGGGAGCUCGCUCGGCUCGUCAUGGCCUACCCGGGAUACGGAGGAGGGUUUGGAAAUUUUAGUGGUCAGAUGCCAGGAAUGCAGAUGCAAAUGGGACAGUCAGUGCCAGGAACAGGGCCAGCUGUGCCCCCUGGUGGAUACCCCGGAUACCCACCGUAUCCAGACAGUUAUUCCUCAGCAGGAGAUCCCAUGUGGACGUACUUCACUGCUGUUGCUGGACAGGAUGGUGAAGUGGAUGCUGAAGAACUUCAGAAAUGUUUGACACAGUCUGGAAUCAGUGGAACUUAUUCUCCCUUCAGUUUGGAAACCUGCAGAAUUAUGAUUGCCAUGUUGGAUAGAGAUUACACAGGAAAAAUGGGAUUUAGUGAAUUCAAAGAACUUUGGGCAGCUCUUAAUGCCUGGAAACAAAACUUCAUAGCUAUUGAUCAAGAUCAGAGUGGCACAAUAGAGCCUCAUGAACUGAAUCAAGCCAUUGCUGCUAUGGGUUAUAGAUUGAGUCCUCACACAUUAACUGCUGUUGUUAAACGUUAUAGCAAGAAUGGCAGAAUCUUCUUUGAUGAUUAUGUUGCUUGCUGUGUAAAGCUUCGAGCAUUGACAGAUUUCUUUAGGAGAAGAGACCACUUGCAACAAGGGGUUGUGAAUUUCGUAUAUGAUGAUUUUUUGCAGUGCACUAUGACAAUUUGAAUAUCUGGAAUUUGAAAGGUGAAGAAAUACUGUGAAUUUUUCUGCUUGGAAGAAAUGAACUGGAUCCCUUUGAAUUAACACUUUUGGGGCUUUUCCAUAUUCCUACCUGUUAAAUCUUUUCCCUUUCUAUGUGUUUUUACUUUAGCACACAGUUCAAAGCAAUAAAAGAGAUGUUUUUGUA